AUGAGCAAACUACUUGUAUGCUUUUUGAUAUUUUGCAAUGUAGCUCUGUCAAAUAGUAUUUGGUAUGGCCAAACAACUUUUAAUGUGCUUCAAUUUGAUGCUGUUGGAGACGGCCAAACUGAUGAUUCUGAAGCUUUCUUGAAAGCAUGGGAAGCUUUAUGUGGAGCAACUGAAGCUAAUGAUACAGGGACACCAACGCUUGUAGUACCAGCAGGGAAAACAUUCCUUUUGCAACCUAUAAAAUUCUCGGGUCCUUGCAAAUCCAACUCUGUCCAUGUUCAGAUUUUGGGGAAAAUUGUGGCACCCAACACUCUACUUGCAUGGAAAGAGUGUAAAGAAUUCUGGAUAUCUUUUUCGGAGGUCACCAAUCUCACCAUUAAUGGAACUGGAGAAAUUGAUGGCAAUGGUAAACCUUGGUGGAGCAAAGCUAGGCAACUUCACCAUGUUGCUAUACACUUCUACAAAUGUGAUUAUCUUCAAUUAAGGGGACUCAAACAUCUUGACAGUCCAAAAGCACAUAUUACUAUAAACAAUUGCAACAAUGUUAGUGUCUCCAACCUUCAUAUUAUUGCACCUGAAGAUAGCCCCAACACAGAUGGAAUUGACAUCUCCAUGUCAACCUUUGUCAAUAUCCGUAACUCCACAAUUGGAACUGGUGAUGAUUGUAUUGCUCUUAAUAAUGGCUCAUCACAUAUCAAUAUCACCAGCAUUGUCUGCGGACCAGGUCAUGGAAUUAGUGUGGGAAGCUUAGGUGAAGAUGGAGCUUAUGAGACGGCAGAAGAGGUUCAUGUGCGAAACUGUACUUUCAAUGGUACAAAGAACGGAGCUAGAAUUAAGACAUGGCAGGGCGGUUCUGGAUAUGUCAAAGGGAUAUCAUUUGAGAAUAUCACACUAAUAGGAGCUAAAAACCCUAUUAUCAUCGACCAAUAUUACUGUGAUAAAAAUGGACACAAUUGCAAACCUUCAGCUUCGGCAGUAAAUGUAAGUAAUGUGAUUUACAGAGGGUUUCAAGGAACUUAUGCAAAUGAGGAGGAAGCGAUUAUAUUUGAUUGCUCCAACACUCCAGGUUGUCAAAACGUAACCAUGAACCAAAUCAACAUCACCUCCACACUUGAUCCUGGAAAGAACAUUUCUGCCGCUUGCAAGAAUGUAAAUGGAACUUUUGACCCUGCUGUCCCUUGCUCACUAUGGGCCUAUCUGCACCCUUGA